AGUCAGUCAGUGCGUGAGCCGUCGGCCGCUGUGCGUCUCCCUCACCACAGGCGCGGAGUGAGCGAGGGUGCGGACACAAGGAGCGGGAGCGUCUGCGGGGAUUUAUUGAUCCGGAGCGACUGAGACACCUGGAUUUAACUGCUGCUGCGUGUUUUUUGUUGUUCAUCUUUUAUUUGAAUUCCUUUGACUUUCUGGGCUUGAGCGAACCGAACCUGCCAAACCAUGUCUGGGGCUCCGGAGGAUGUGAGCAAGCUUACCGAAAACACAUACAAGAUUGUGAUGGACCAGCUCAACCCGGGCCUGAGGAACCUGGUCAACCUGGGGAAGAGCUAUGAGAAAUCGGUCACAGCGAUGACUCUCUCCGGGAAGGCCUACUUCGACGCCGUCUCGAAGGUCGGAGAGAACGCGAUCGUGUCUCCCGUCUCCAGAGAGCUCGGUGUGGUUCUGAUGGAGAUCGCAGAGGCCCACAGAAAGGUCCACAAUGAACUGGAAGAGAAUUUCAAGAGGUUCCACAGAGACGUUAUUAUCGAGCUGGAGAAGAAGACAGAGAUGGAUGUUAAAUACAUGAAUGCCACCUUCAAGCGCUAUCAGUCCGAGCACAAGCUGAAGCAGGACUCCCUGGAGCGCUCAAAGACGGACCUGAAGAAGCUCAGGAGAAAAAGCCAGGGGAAGCACUCGUCCAAGUACGAGAUCAAGGAGAACGAGUACAUGGAGACCAUCUCGACGCGCCAGAUGGACAUGCAGAAGUUCAUCGCUGACGGCUGCAGAGAGGCCCUGCUGGAGGAGAAGAGGCGCUUCUGUUUCCUGGCGGACAAACACUGCAUGUUCUCCUAUCAAAUUUGCAACUUCCAUGAGAAGGCCAAGGAGAUGCUGUCCAUGAAGCUCCCCAGCUGGCAGGAAAAGUGCAGCGACAUCACGAAGGUGCCGGACACGGUGAUGACCAUGAUAGAGGAGCUGUCCACCACUCCGGAGCAGUCGCCGGAGGUUGAACGCUACAACAGGAACAACGUGGAGCCUCCUCCAGCACCGGCGCUAAAGGCACAGAUCAGUCCGCUGGCCAACAUGUUCAACCCAGAGCCAAGAUCUCCACUCACCUCCUCUUCAGACCACAACUCAGACCAGGGCAGCAUGGGAGAGGGCAAUCUGUCCCGCUCAACAUCCCAGUCGUCUGGCCUCAACGUGGUCAGGAAGACCCGGGUCAUUACCAUCUUUCCCCACACGGCGGGCAACAACCACACACUCCUCAGCUUCGACCACGGUGACAUCAUCAGCCUGCUCAUCCAAGAAGAGAAGGACGGCUGGCUGUACGGGGAGCUGGAGAGGACACAGCAACGGGGCUGGUUUCCCUCGUCUUACUGCAGACCUUUCAACGAGACAAUGAUCUCAAACAGCAGCAAUCUGGGCACGCCGGUGCGUCAACUGAGCCUGACCAGUCUGCCUGAGCCGGAGGACGAGGAGGGGCCGGUGCUGCUGCCACCACCGGACUACAGCGACGACUCCAGACCGGUGGUCCCCUCAAUGCUCUCGCCACACAACACAGUUUCUUUAGUCAAUGGGACUGCAAAGGCUCCCUUUCUUGGAGGAGGGAAUCCGUUUGCGACCGUCAAGCUGAGGCCGACUGUCACGAAUGACAGAUCGGCGCCAGUCAUCUAACGCCAAGGAGGAGGGUUUUCACCGCUGUCAUGCCUUCAGGGGAAUCGUGCGACAUGUGACCCCUGCAACACACUGAAUAUCGCCCCAACUGGACAUCUCACCAGCCUGCAUGCUAGUCUCUCUCAGUACCAGUCUGCUCUAUCAAAGGGAUCCAUUGUUUCUCGGCGUGUUUUACUGUGCCUCUGUGUGUUCUAUGUAAGCCACAACAGUGAAAUGUUGCAUAAUGAUUACACGGAGGGAAUCUGAAAAGGUUUGCUGCACAAAGAAAAUAUUUUGUGUUUGAGUCUGUGUUAAAGUAAUAAGUCAUCCCCAAAAUGAAAAUUUAGAGUUUGUCUCAUCACUGAAAGUUGUUACUGAAUUGACGCGCGCCACUGUGUUUCCAGUGGCUGCUUCACAAUAAAAGCCACCACGUGUUUCGAAAGUUGAGCACACUUAAUUUGAAGCAGUGAAGCAGUGGGUUAAUACAGAUAACACAUGACAAAUUCAUACUCAAAACAAAUGGGGGGCAACAUAUCACCAGAGUAAUCGCUAACUGCUGCUAACUAGAGUGUCCGCUAGCCAGUAAGCUCAGUUAGCCGUGCAUCUGUGGUCCAGACUGGGACUUUGGAGCACCGGAGGAGUGUUGGAGUCUACUAGCAGAGGAGCUUUGGGGUUAGCAUGCUAACUUUAGAGGAUAGCUCUGCAACACAAUACAGUGACUUCAGGAAAUAAAUCAGGAAAUAAAUAAAAGUAGCAAAGACAUUUUAUUGUCAGUCUUCUUCCAAAGUACUCUUGGGAACUUUAUACUUAACUAAAGUGUUUGGUAGACCAAUGAUUGCAGAUCUUCUAAAAAGAAAUGUCCUACCUGUUUAGCCCUUUGAGUAUAAAACACAUGCAUUAUGUGACAUUUGAGGGACAUUUUAUGCUGACAUGUGCUGUAAUGCCUUCUGCUUUGUAAUACCUGGCUGAGAGAAAGCUGUUGAUGCUCAUCGUGUGUCUGAUGGUCCCGCCAAUUCUCGUUUCUUUGGACGCUUACAGUGAGACAACACCUGAAUCUUCAUUUUGGGGUGAACUGUUCCUUUAAGAUUGCUCAGACGGUGUCAUAAGGUCUUUUUCAGGCCCAUCUGUGCUGCAGCCAGUGCAGUGUUUGAAUACCGAAUGAAGAGCUCCAGAUGUAAACAAUAGUGACCUGAUGCUGAUGGGAAAAGCCCGGCACCCAGGCUGUCUUCCUGACUUGCUACGAAAAAAUAUAUAUAUAUUGUCAUUUCUAUUUUUAUUAA